GCCGGCCUGACGGGAUGCUCCGUCCGGCCGGUCUGACAUGAAGAUUUGUCUAUAUAUAUAUAUAUAUAUAUCUGAACUCCAGAUGAGUGAAAGAUGAGCAAAGAUGGAUCACACUUGUUUUGCUUGAAGCCAACAGCAUAUAGGACAAAAGUAAGUUUAAGAAACCAUAUAGUGACUUAUGAAGCUUACAGACCAAUGAAGUAUCUUGAACCUGAAAGCCUGAGGGUUGGACCAUGUAUACCUCUUCAUCAAGUACUCCAUUUAGGAAAGCAUUGUUUACAUCAAGCUGCUGGAUAGGCUAGUGAUUAGAUACAGCAAUAGUGAGAAGAGUUAUGAUAGUGAUGGGCUUAACCACUAGAGAAAAGGUUUCUCCAAAAUCAAAGCCAAACUGUUGAUGAAAUCCUUUGGCUACCAACCUUGCCUUAUACUUGUUCAAAGAACCAUCUGAAUUUUCCUUUACUCUCUAAACUCAUUUGCACCUAGAAAAAUUAACUCAUCAAAACUGGAAAGUUCCCUUUCUCCAUGCAAUUUUUUUCCCUUUUAAAAUAAAAUGAGUCAUCGAGGUCGGUGAUCAAUUGAUUAGUUACACAUGUUAGUACGUAUCGAGGUCAGCUCCAAUGGAGGACGAACCUUGGAGCACUCAAAUUUGAUCACCUCUGAGUGUGAGCCGUUUCAACCUAAAUCUCCUUUGGCCUCCUGGCUAAGCUGAAUUGUUUUGUGUUAUCCAAUGCAGAGGAAGCAAUCUUAAAGGUUGGCUUGUUAGCAUUGAAGUUGAUUUGCUUCAAUCAGAAGAUCGAUUGUGUUAUUACUGUAGUCGAUUUUGUGAGAAUAAUGGAACAGGAUGCUCUCUAAGGAGCCCUGACAGAUAUAUUUAUACUAGUAGAGUUUAAUGUAAAAUACAAGAGUAGUCCUAGUAUAAUUCUAUUACUAAUAAUAUAUAGUAGAGGACAUAUUUGUAUUUUGACUAUUAUUCAUCUAUUAUAUAUACCCGAGAGGACACCCUUUAUGGGUGAGCCAUUAUUUCCAAUUAUUAGUUUCAUAUGGUAUCAGAUGCUUUGGUCUCUCUAUUUCUUCUCUCGAUACACUAGACGCACGUCACCUUCACUGUGCCUUAUCAAUGGCAUCUUCUUCUUCUUCUUCUGCCGCAGCAGCAGCCUCCAGCGCGCCUGCCUUUUCUUCGGCUUCAAGCAUGACAACUAUGGCGCCCAUCUCAUCUCCGGUGCAGCCCUCGCCCGUGUCGGCCUCUUCCCCGGCAUCAUCUUCGGUUUCUCGUCAGCCGAGAUUCAACAUUCCGCCUUCGUUGGGCUCGUCUCGGUUGUUUAAUAUGCCGGAACCGUUCAAUUGGAAUCCUCCUACAACUGGUUAUGUAGCGCCUUAUUCGGCUGCACAAUUUGCUACGUCCGCCGUUGUCACUUUUUCUACCACAACAACACCACAUGCAGCGCCUUCUUCAAACGUAUCCAGUCAACCUGGUGGUUUCUCUCUUCAGCCUUCACUACUUACUUCACAGCCAG